GUUUUCAACAAAGUCCUGGCUCUCCCAGAUGUGCCAAGUAUGUCGCAAGAGCAUGAUGUUUGGUGUUAAGUGCAAACACUGCAAAUUAAAGUGCCACAACAAGUGUACCAAAGAUGCUCCCUCAUGUCGGAUAUCAUUUCUCACAUUGCCAAGGAUGCGGAGAGCCGAAUCAGUGCCUUCAGAUAUCAAUAAUCGGAUUGAUCACACAGCAGAGAUCCCAUUGCAGUUUGGCACUUUACCAAAAGCAAUAACCAAAAGGGAGCCUCCUCCCAGUUUAAACCAGUUGGACUCCAGCAGUAACCCAUCAUCAGCCACCUCCUCCACACCUUCCUCCCCUGCACAUUUCCAACAGAAUAAUCCCCCAAGUGUCAGCGCCACACCCCCAGCCAACCCAUCACCGCAGGACUCCCGGGACAGCCGCUUCCACUUCCCAGGUCAGCAACCCAUCCCUGAUACCACUCAUAUACACACACAGGUCUAG